AUGUACGACGUGAUAUUGCAGCAAAAGAAAGUGUUGGAAGACAAAAUAAAUGAUGCUGUCAAGAAAUAUCCUGAGAAUCAGUUGGUCAAAGAAUGGAAAAACAAAGUAAAUGAUUUGUUUAGUGAAGUUUCCGCAUCACAGAACCAGAACAAUGUCAAUGACUUCGCGAAUAGAUCUGGAAGAAAAUAUUUUAAGAAUACACCACCAUCUAAAAUGGAAAUGCCAAUUCCUUUGUCUGUAGUACCAUUCAACAAUGAUGAACAUUGUGUUAGUAGAAGAGGGUACAGGCCUCGCAUGAAAUCCGAACAUCUGAAAUCUCCUUACAUUAUACGGCCUGUUGAUAUCAUCAAAGGAGUUCCACGGCAGGAAAAACGUGUAGCAGAAUGGAUAUUCUCACUCCAGGGAGAGCCAAAAGGUUUCACAUGGAAAGUUUUUUUUCCAACAUCUGAACUAUUUGGCCAUGUCAUUGAUUGUUGGAGUCAAGUGUUGAAUCUUGAUGAAAAUAAAUUCAUUGAGAAUCUGGUGCUUUCUAUUGAAGAUAUGGAUGCAAGCCUACGUUUUGUUGGAUUGCUUUUCCUACCAAUCAUUCGUUCCUUCCACAUUUUCCUUUUUGUGAUCAAUCUACAACACCCAGAGUUUGUAAUCAUUGACAACAGCAAAGUUGAUGAUCCUGAUGGUGAGACAUAUGCUGAGAUGUUUUCACAUGUGAUGCCACAUAGACUGGAAAUGCCUAGGAGAACAAUAAACAUUAGCCUUGAUUGUGGUGUGUUUACGAUGCGUCACAUGGAAACAUAUAUGGGUGGAAGUAUGAAUAAGUUUAAAGUUGGGUUCAAGAAGGAGUCUUCUGCACAAGAUGAUCAACUUGUUAAACUGAGGACAAAGUAUUUAUACAAAAUCAUCACUCAUGAAUAUAAUGUGCAAAAGGAUUAUGUGCUGCAAAAGGUUGAUGAAUUCCACAAGAUUCAUUCAAGACAACAUUCUCAACUGUUGGCCAUUGCAAAGGAAGAAAUUCACAGGAGAUUGGAUGAUUUAAGUUAA